CAAAAAUGGCAUUCUUAUUCGACAAAGUGAAGAGCAGCUUGAAGGAUGUGGAGGCGAAGAUCAAGGCAGAAGCAAUCGGCAAACCCGUACACGCCCACACAGAUUCAGCCAAUGUUUGCUCAGAUAACGACAGCCAUCACCUCCAUCGUUUCCAGAGUUUCGCACCACAGCGCGAGGGAAACGAGGUCAAAUGGUAUGUCGAUGGCUGCUCGUACAUGUGGGCCGUGUCCCUCGCCAUCGAGAACGCGAAGUCGUCAAUAUGGAUACUGGAUUGGUGGUUGAGUCCAGAACUCUAUCUUCGAAGGCCCCCUGCGCAGCACGAGCAGUACAGACUGGACAGAUUACUGUUUGCCGCCGCUCAGCGAGGUGUGCAAGUGAACAUCAUCGUCUACAAGGAGGUCACACAAGCUUUGACCCUCAGCUCAAGUCACACAAAACAUUGGCUGGAGGAUGAGGACAAGACCGGGAACAUCAAGGUCUUGCGCCAUCCAGACCAUUUGCCAGAUAAACAAACUCUGCACUCAAACUUCAUCGCAAGCAUCAAACAGGCCGGGCUUAGUGCUUCAAAGCUGGCACAGCUUCCUGCAGAUGCCGUGAAGGGAAUAUACGGCAUGAACGAGAAUACGAUCCUAUACUGGGCGCAUCACGAGAAAUUAUGUUUGGUCGACAGUCAUGUGGCGUUUAUGGGCGGGCUUGACCUUUGCUAUGGUCGCUGGGACACGAACAAUCACGCCAUCAGCGAUGCACACCCGGGAAACCUCGACAAGAUUGUCUUCCCGGGACAGGAUUACAACAAUGCACGAAUCAUGGACUUUAGCGACGUAAGCCAUUGGGAGAACAACAAGUUACCACGAACUGGCAACAGCCGUAUGGGCUGGAGCGACGUGGCAAUAUGCCUCAAGGGGCCUGUCGUGGAGGACUUGAAAGCUCAUUUCGUCCAGCGAUGGAAUUUCGUGUAUUUCGAGAAGUAUGAUGUCCGCAAGGAUGCGAGGUACACACCUCUUGUCUAUCACCCUCAAAGAGUUGGCAUCAUUGGACACCCAUAUCAGUCCACCGAAGACGGUGGUAUCGAGGGCGAGGGUCAGACAGAGGGGUUCCGUAACAGAAUCCGCGAGCAGUACGAGAGGGGUCGUGCAAGGCUUGAGGAAGGCAGAGAUCGGCUACUCUUUGACCAAGAAUAUCCAACCGGCCCUCUCGGCGGAGUGCAAUGUCAGAUCACUCGUAGCGCGUGCAAGUGGAGUCACGGCGUGAGCCUCGAGCAUUCUAUCGCGAACGCGUACAUCCAGACGAUCAAGAACAGCAAACACUUUUGCUACAUGGAGAACCAGUUUUUCAUCACCGCUACAGGACACGAACAGAAGCCGAUCCGCAAUCUAAUUGGUGCCGCAAUCGUCGAAAGAAUCUUGCGGGCCGCCAGAAACAAUGAGGACUGGCACAUGAUUAUCAAUAUCCCCUCAGUUCCCGCCUUCGCCGGUGAUCUCAAGGACGAAGCUGCGCUAGGAACUCGAGCAAUCAUGGAGUUUCAGUACUUCUCUAUCAACAGAGGCGGACAUUCGAUCAUGGAAGAAGUCGCUCGCCAAGGGGUCGACCCCACGAAGUACCUACGCUUCUACAACUUAAGGAGCUACGACAGGAUCAACACCAAUGCUUCCAUGGCAAAGGCCGAGGAACAAUCUGGAGUGUCAUACGAUGAUGCACGCAAAGGCUAUGACCAGCGUUUCGGGCAUACUCUCGGUUCUGACCAGUACAACCAAGAGUAUGCAGAUGCCGAUGGCAACGCCAAUGCAUACGAACAGUAUCAGCAGGCUGCUGGGCAGAUGUCCGGAGGAGGAGCGAGCGGACGCUGGGAUUCAGUCUCGGAAUGCUACAUGCUCAACGGACCCGACAUUAGAUCUGUGCCAUGGGAAGGUGAUCCUGAAACUGAAAUGGACGCAUUCGUAUCGGAAGAGCUAUACAUACACUCCAAGUUGCUGAUAGUGGAUGAUCGGAUUGUGAUCUGCGGCUCGGCCAACCUGAAUGACCGAUCUCAGCUUGGAGAUCACGACAGCGAGAUUGCGAUGAUUAUCGAGGAUCCGCAAGAAAUCGAUUCCUACAUGGGUGGUCAGCAUUGGAAAGCCUCCGUCUUUGCCGCUUCUCUUCGUCGCCAGAUCUUCCGGAAACACUUGGGACUGCUCAAGACGCAAAUCAUGGAUCGACCAGAUAACAACUUCUUCCCUGUCGGCACGCCAAACGAGUACGAUUGGGGCAGCCGGGAAGAUCAUGCAGUUGCCGACCCCAUUUGUGAGUCCUUCUUGGCGUUAUGGAAUCAGACCGCUGCAACCAAUACCCGGGCCUUUGCCAAAGUCUUUCACCCAGUUCCGGAUGAUUCGGUGAAGACAUGGAAAGAAUACGACACCUACUAUGAAACCUAUUUCAAAGCGGACGACCCCAAGCAGAAGGGAGAGGAAAACCAGAAGCCGACCUUCUGGCGAUGGGGUCAUGUAGUCAAAGAAGAGUUCAGUCCUGGUCCACAAGGAACGCAGGAGAUGAAGGAGGUUCUCAGCACGAUUAGAGGCAAUCUCGUAGAGAUGCCGUUGUUGUUCCUGAAGGACGAGGAUAUUGCGAAGGAGGGAUUAGGAUUGAAUGCGUUGACGGAGGAGGUCUACACUUAGAAGAUCUGCCUGGAGACAUGGAGAGGUUUCACGGUUUCAGGCUGCCGUACAAACUAGGUUGACGCAUUGAGUAACUCGGUUUCCACCAGAGAGACAAGGAGAAAUAUGACGAUGAUGAUGAUACUGAUGAUACUGAUUCCACCACUGGUCUGUCACUUACUUGUCAGGUGGUAGGGUACCUACCUUAGGUAGAUAGUAUACGCGCGAGAGCCUGGGCACCUAGCCUCCACCGAACACUGAAAUGAAAAGAACAUCUAGC